AUGAACUUCCGGAGGGAUGCGCAUGGAACCAAGACCGAACGUACCGAACAUUCUCCACCUCAGAACACCAUGCCGUACACCAACUACUUCGACAAUCCUUACCUUGGCGGGCCAGGCCCAGACGACUCGCUGAAUACCUUCUUCGACUCCGAUACAUUCUUCAAUCAAACCCUCACAUCCGUUCAGAGUGCAUCCGGUACGACAUCGAAGUCAGAAGAAGAUUGCAAUGCGACGUUUUUCAGGGCCAGCAUAUCGACCAGGGACAAUAACCAGACUAUGACGCAAACAUUCAACACCAUACACCCCAGUCCAUUCGAGCCAUACCCGUUCGACUUCACUACAAACACAAGGCCACCACAACCGAACGAACCAGACUGUAUCUCCCCCACAAGCACAACGUCGCAACCCUCGUCGCACGGUGGAGACGCGCCGCAACCGCUCAUAUCGCCAUCUCUCUCCCCACACAUGCUAAAGCACGAAUCCCCAUCCUCGCCAACCUCUGCCUCCGAAUCAUCCACCCCCAAACGCCCCACGAGGAAGCGGGGUUGCCCGAAGAUGGACCGCAAUACCACCGACAGCCAAGACCUGUCUUCUCCGACUCUAAAGUAUCAGCGCUCGAAACGGUUACCGCAUAAUCAGGUUGAGCGCAAGUAUCGAGAGGGGCUCAAUUCUGAACUGGAGAGGCUGAGACAGUCGGUGCCGAUAUUGAGGCAGAGCGAGGAGGCGGGAGUGGUUGGGCAGCCGAAGCCGAGUAAGGCGAUGAUCUUGGCGAGCGCGAUUGAGUAUAUUCAGAGUAUUGAGAAGGAGAGGGAUGCGUUGAUUGAGGAGAAUGAUAGGCUACGGCGGGAGCGGUUCGGAGGGCCGACGCAGGGUGAUUGGGAUGGAAUGAACUUGUGA